AUGCAUCCGGAAGUUCUAGCAGGUCACAGAGAAAUCUUGGAGAAAAUCCGAGAUACCAUAUCGAAGGAAUAUGAGAGACCCAGCAGUACUGAAGACGAUGAAGACUUGGGACUUAUUCAUGGGGACUUUUGGUCAGGAAACAUCUUGCUUCCUGCCACGCCGUGGCGAGAGCCUCCACUAUCAGACGUGCCUAACAAGCUCUUUAUUAUUGACUGGGAAUUUGCGCAAUUUGGUCACCGAUCCAAUGACAUAGGUCAACUCAUUGGUGACCUUUAUGAAAGGAAGUUGUACGGUAAUGUUGAAACUGUUGCACCAGUUAUGGAGGGAGUCAUCAGGGGAUAUGGCGAGUUAAGUGAGCAAAUGGCGUUUCGGGUUGCCAUUUAUGUGGGUGUUCAUUUAAUCGGCUGGUAUAACCGAAGGCCCCGAAAAGGCCCUAAAGUGGUUCCCUCACAUGUCAUCUUGGAGGGGUUGACAAUUGGAAGAGAUUUCAUCAUAAAGGGAUGGGAGAAAGACAGAAAGUACUUCGAGAACAGUGCAUUGGCAUCAUUAUUCAGGAGAGCAUGA